UCGGGAAUUUCUCAACGGAGACCGGAAGGGUCAGAGACUGAACGGCGGAGCGAAAGUAAACAGUGUUGGGGAUUUAGCAGGGAAGCAUACGAACCUUGACGGCUUACUUUUUUUUGUUAACUUUUUCCUUCUAAACACGAGUGUUUUUUUCACAAGUUCAUGAAAAAGAAGCGAGGACGCUGCCCCACCGCUGCCGUGUUCGAGACUCCUCGGUUCAUGGACACCAAUAUACGGAAGUAGCUCCCUCGGCGGUGGCGAACACUUUAUUCGUGCCAGCCGGUGAAGUUGGAUGUUAAGCGUGAAGUUUCUGGUAUAUCGACGAGAACGAGGAUCUGAAUGUUGCACAAUUCUGCAAUGGAAUUUGGUAAUGCGCUCUGCAUUAAAAUGAGACGGUCUGGCAGGAAUGAAGAACUAAUUCCUCCCUCCCCUAAAGGACUACACAUCCAUUUUUAUCUGCCAAACAUUGAGCACCUCUGUUAUUCAAAGGGAGCGUUUAGAACAGAAGAUCUUUGCACAGACGCUGCCAAAAAAUGCAAUAUUUCUCCACUGUGCUACAACCUCUUUGCACUCUAUGAUGAGAGCAAAAAUGUCUGGUACCCGCCAAACCACAUCUUUGAGGUUGAUGAAAACAAAUCUGUUAAACUGCAUUAUCGCAUGAGAUUUUACUUCACAAACUGGCACGGGACAAAUGAAAAUGAGCCCCCUGUGUGGCGACACUCACUGAACAAACAGAGAAAUGGUUAUGGUCCCAAGAAGAUGCCCGAAGGCACACCGCUCCUUGAUGCCUCAUCUCUGGAGUAUCUGUUCGCACAGGGACAGCAUGAUUUUGUUAAAGGCUCAGCUCCGGUACGAAAUCCACAAACCAACCAAGAAGUCCACGAGAUUGAAAAUGAAUGCCUUGGAAUGGCUGUUUUGGCAAUAUCACAUUUCACCAAUGAAAAUAAAUCUCAGCUGCCAGGGUCCUCAGGAGAUAUAAGUUACAAGCGGCACAUUCCAGAAUCCUUGAAUAAGAACAUCAAGCAAAGAAAUCUUCUGACACGCAUUCGAAUCAACAAUGUCUUCAAAAGUUUCUUGAAGGAAUUCAGCAACAAGACUUUUUCUGAUAGUAGUGUUACCCUCCAUGAUCUUAAAGUCAAGUACCUUUCCACCCUGGAGACUCUAACAACCAAUUUUGGGUCAGAAAUCUACAUUGUUUCCUACUUACAAAUAUCUUCAGAGAAUGAAAGAGAUACUCCAAACAGAUUUGACGGGGAAAACCAACAGCAGUAUGAAGUGCAAGUGUCUGGGAAUACUGGGAUACAGUGGAGGAUUAAACCAAAUGUUGCAGUCAUUUCAAAGGAAAAAUACAAAUCAAAGAAAAACAAAGUGGACAAAAAUAAGAAAGAUGCUUCUAAGGAAGGCUGGCACCUCUUCUCUGAUUUUAAUGAAAUUACACACAUCGUCAUUAAGGAAUCUGCUGUCACCAUUUACAAGCAGGAUAACAAAAAAAUGGAGUUGAUGCUGUCUUCUCGCGAUGAAGCGUUGUCGUUUAUUACACUUGUUGAUGGUUACUUUAGACUCACGGUAGAUGCCCACCAUUAUCUAUGUACUGAUGUUGCUCCACCUUCAGUUGUUCACAACCUUCAGACAGGGUGCCAUGGGCCAAUUUGUACUGAGUACGCCAUUCACAAGCUAAAAGCUGAAGGAAAUGAAGAGGGCAUGUAUGUCUUAAGGUGGAGCUGCACAGACUAUAACAACAUUCUAAUGACAGUAGCUUGUAAUGAGAUUGAUGAAUUACCUUCCAACUUGAGGCCAAACAAGCAAUAUAAAAAUUUUCAGAUUGAAGUUACGAGCAAAGGAUAUACAUUGUGUGGAACAACCGUGGUCCACCCAACACUGAAAGAUCUUAUGGAACACUUAUCAGGCCAGAUUUUGAAGACCGACAAUGUCAGCUUCCAGCUUAAGAGAUGUUGCCCCCCCCAGCCACGAGAAAUAUCUAAUCUCCUUGUUGUGACCAAGAACAGAGGUCAGGAUGCCCAACAAGACACAAAUAGCUACAAUCAGCUGAGCCAGCUCAGUUUCCAUAGGAUACGCAAGGAAGAGAUCACCCAGGGAGAUCAUCUUGGUGUAGGCACUAGAACCAACAUUUAUGACGGCACUCUCACUUACAACAGUGGCGAAGAUGGUGAUGAGUUUUAUACGAGUAAAGUAAAAGUGGUUUUAAAAGUGCUGGGCUCUGGACACCGGGACAUCUCACUGGCUUUCUUUGAAACAGCCAGUAUGAUGAGACAGGUUUCUCAUAAACAUAUUGUACUUUUGCAUGGAGUCUGUGUUCGAGAUGUGGGAAAUAUCAUGGUGGAAGAAUUUGUUACAUUUGGUCCUUUAGACAUUUUUAUGCGUCGGAAAAAAAAAUCCCUCACCACUCCAUGGAAGUUUCAAGUUGCUAAACAAUUAGCAAGUGCUCUGAGCUACUUGGAAGACAAGAAAUUAGUCCAUGGAAAUGUAUGCUCAAAGAAUAUUCUCCUGGCAAGAGGGGGGCUGGAUGGUGAAGGAGGUCCAUUCAUCAAAUUGAGUGAUCCUGGGAUCCCAGUCACUGUUCUUACAAGAGAAGAGCGUGUUGAGAGAAUUCCAUGGAUCGCUCCUGAAUGUGUUGAAAACACAGAUGAUCUCAGUGUAGCUGCAGAUAAGUGGAGUUUUGGAACAACUCUGUGGGAGAUCUGUUAUAAUGGAGAGGUACCCUUAAAGGAUAAGAAGCUGACAGAGAAGGAGAGAUUCUAUGCAGCACGCUGUGUUUUGACAACACCAGACUGCAAAGAACUUGCUGACCUCAUGAAACAGUGUAUGAACUAUGACCCCAAGAAAAGGCCAUUCUUCAGAGCGAUCAUGAGAGAUAUUAACAAGCUGGAAGAACAGAACCCAGAUAUUGUUUCAGUAACUGUGCCAACAACUGAGGUGGACCCAACUGUAUUUGAGAAGAGGUUCCUUCAGAAAAUAAGGGAUUUGGGAGAGGGUCACUUUGGAAAAGUCGAGUUGUGCAGGUAUGACCCAGAGGGAGACCGCACUGGUGAGCUUGUGGCUGUCAAGUCUUUGAAACCAGAGAGUAAUGAAGAGCAUAAAGCAGACCUCCGCCGAGAAAUAGACAUUCUGAAGAACCUCUAUCAUGAAAACAUUGUGAAAUACAAAGGAAUUUGUACAGAAGAAGGAGGACGAGGUAUGAAACUGAUAAUGGAAUUUCUGCCUUCUGGUAGUCUUAAAGAGUAUCUUCCCCGAAAUAAGCACAAAAUCAACUUAAAGCAACAACUCAAUUAUGCUGUGCAAAUCUGUAAGGGAAUGGAUUACCUUGGAUCACUGCAGUAUGUGCACCGUGACCUGGCUGCCCGCAAUGUUCUUGUUGAAAAUGAAAAUACAGUCAAAAUAGGAGAUUUUGGCCUGACCAAAACGAUUCAGACAAAUAAAGAGUACUACACAGUAAAAGAUGAUCUGGACAGUCCAGUGUUCUGGUAUGCCCCUGAAUGUUUGGUGCAGUGCAAAUUCUACAUAGCUUCAGAUGUUUGGUCAUUUGGCGUCACAAUGUACGAGCUGUUGACCUACUGUGAAUCUGAGUUCAGCCCCAUGACGAUGUACUUAAAAAUGAUUGGUCCAACUCAAGGACAGAUGACAGUGACAAGACUUAUAAGAAUCCUGGAACAAGGGAAACGCCUCCCAUGUCCUAAAGGAUGUCCAGAAGAGGUGUACAGCAAGCUGAGGAAAUGCUGGGAGCACUGCCCAAAUGACAGAACCAGUUUUAAAAACCUCAUCAAUUCAUUUGAGGCCCUCAUUAAUAAACUGUGACAGCCUGUACCACCAGAGAAAUGAGCCUCUCCAUGCUGUUCAACUGGACCCGCUGUGGCACUUUUCAGUGGUUUAGGAACUUUUCUGCAUGAAGCACAUUUAUAAAACCUGUGUA